GUAAAAAAGCCAUUUUUUGUUUUGAUUUCUGCAUUUUUGAUGUAAUUUUUGACUUGAAACGAUGUCGAACGGCGGAUCGCAUCGACAUAAAAGCGAGCGAAGCGAAAGUUUUCGCGGCAGCAAGGAAAAGAAACGUUCCAUUGAGAUAGGGAAACAAGCGGCGGAAGCUUCGAGAGGUCUUUUCUCGCCGGAAGAUUGGAAUUGCACGAAAUGCGGCAACGUAAAUUGGGCACGGCGACAAACGUGCAACAUGUGUAACCAACCGAAGCAUAACGAUUUGGAGGAAAGAACAGGUUAUGGCGGCGGAUACAACGAUCGUGGGGUAGUCGAGUACAAGGAACGACAAGAAUCUGACGACGAAUUCGACGAGUUGGGUCGAAAACGGAAGAAAGUCAGGAGCAAUAAUGGAGAUACGCCGCGAAAAAAGGACGAAGAAGUCGAGGAGGAGGAAGAUGAGGAAGAAGAUGACGACGGAGACAUUUCUAAAUACAAACUUUUUGAUGAUGACGAAGACGAACCGUCUCCCAAAAAGGAUCCAUCGCCCAAGGAAAAGGCAAGACGACGCAGUUCUUCCAACUCUUCGUCAACAGACAGCUCCAGUUCAUCGAGUUCCUCGAGUUCAGAUAGUCAUUCAUCAGGUUAUCGACGACGACGUCGCUCCCGUAGUCGCAGUCGAGACAGAUCUCGCCAUCACAGAACCCGAAGUCGUUCGAGAUCUCGUGACAGAAAACGUGACAGAAGCAAUUCUCGAUCCAAUGGAAGCGAUAAACGACGAAAACGUUGAAUUAAAAAUGUCGAAAAAUAGGAAAGUUGAGAAUAAAAAUACAAAA